UGAGUCUCACUUGACUUGGGUUUACGUUCCUUCCUUCGCACAUCCCACUUUUCCCAUCGCCUACUGUAUGUAUCUAUCACUCACAGUAUCUUAAAAAAUCUGUCAUAUAAAUACAACCACUUAUUAUCCUCAUUCUACACUUGUGCACCUUCAAACACUUCUCUCUCCCUCUUCUCUUUUUUUUCUCUUCUUGGAUUUGUCUCCUACCCCCUUUCAACAUUAUUCUCUUGCUUCCUCCUCCUCCUCUUUUUUGAGACAAUAAUAUUCUUACAAAAAGUAAAAAAAGCAGGUCUUCAUUUGAUACUUACUAAGAUACACCAACAAAAGCAGAUCCCCAAUUAUCAGCUCUAAAAGAUGAAGAAAGUAGUGCUGAAAUUGGAGUAUUUCGAUGAGAAAAUAAAGCAAAAGGCCAUGAAAAAAGUAUCUGGUCUUGAAGGAGUUGAAUCAAUUUCAAUAGACACAAAGGAGAAGAAAUUAACAAUAACAGGGAACAUAGAUCCAGUGUCACUAGUUUCCAAAUUAAGGAAACUCUGUCACACUGAUAUCCUCUCUGUUGGACCAGCAAAAGAGCCCGAAAAGAAGAAAGAUGAGGGCGGUAAGAAGGAAGAAGGCGGCGGUAAGAAUGACGGAGGCAAAAAAGGCGAUGAUAAAAAGGGCGACGACAAAAAGGGAGGUGAUGAUAAGAAGAAAGAUGGGAAAGAUGAAGCUCCUGUAAUGAGAGCUUUUCCAGCUCCUAUGUUUUAUCACUAUCAACAACCUUAUCAACAUUAUCAACCACCUGUUCCUGCUUAUUAUCACCAACGAAGUGUUGAAGAGGAUCCAAAUUCUUGUGUUAUUUGUUAAGUUCUUUAUGGUGGAUUUAAUUCAUAUAUCCUGUUAGUAUUAUGUACUUAUGUGAGUUCUUGAGAGAUUGUAGAGUAACUAAGAAACAAAUAUAUAUCUUGUACAAAUUUUUGUUUUGUUUACCCACCCCCCUCUCACAUUUUUGUUGUACCUUCAAUAAGGGCAUUUUCGUUCAUUGGAUCAUCUCUUAUUGAUGCA